AUGUCUGCUGAAAAGAGACGUGCUUUUCGUGCUGGAAAAUUUCCCGAAGAUAUUAUAACGAAAGAUAUGAUUCGUGAGAUGACAUGUUCUAUUGACUGUCCUCCUGGAACUCCAAACCCCAAAGAAUUCAAAGUGACCGAGGGAAUGCUUCUCACAAAAGUUCCUGCUGAUAUGACUCCACCACUUGAAUAUUGUGAUCACUUGCUGAAAAUCAAUGGAACAUCAGUAACGACAAAGAAGGAAAUGCAAGAGGCAUUUUUCAAACUGGCGAAGACUAAUAAACCGCAUUACCUUUCUCUCACAGUUCGUCGUAUUAUUAGUGUAGAAAGAAUUGAUGCUCGUUCCGUUCCUUCGAAUGCUUCAAUCAAAAAACCACCGUCAAAAGAUAAAUAUGCAAAGCCAACAAAGGGAUAUCUUUACUAUAAGGUUGUGCUCAUUUACUUUCCACGUAGCAAACUGGGAAUAAACGUGAAAUCGUACGGUAAUGUGGUCUACGUGGAGUCAACGGACUGUUCUUGGGGAUCAACUACUCGGCGCUUUCUAUAUCUCGGAGAUGCUAUUCUGAAAAUUGACGAAACUGAAAUCUUGGACGUUCAGACUACUCAAAGUGCUAUUCGAAGCGGAUUUCAGAAAAAUGGAAUCAUCACCAUGAUAAUUGAGAGAGCCAGUGAACAGGUUUCCAACAAAUUUGUCCGUUCUGUUCUUUCAUUCAACAAGAUUCGUGAUCCAUUUGUUCCGGUGGAUGUUGUUAAAUCAUGCGCAGAUCAACUUGCUCAUUAUGAAAAGCAUGGAUUUGUAGAGCCAACUCCAAUUUUCAAAGGACCAACCAAAGAUUACAGUUCAGCAAUACGUGUGACAGUGGCACAAAAUUUGGUGGUGAACAAGAAAAUUGCAUCCGAGGUUUUCAAUCCAGACUCCCUCAGUGCGGUUCCCGACUGGAAUGACCCGAAAAAUAGAUAA